GCAGCGGCUAACCUCAAACAUUUAGACGACACAGGUUAGCCGUGCAGCUAAUCAUGGUGAAUGUAAAGAAGCGGAAAGGUCGGGUCGUGAUUGACUCUGACUCCGAAGACAGUGCCAGCGACGACAAUUUAGACCAGGAGCUGUUGUCUUUGGCAAAGAGGAAGAGGGUUGAUUCCGGUGAGCAGGAAGAGCCGGUUAGCAAGCCUGCAGCUUCUACAGACUCCGAGACGUCCGACAGCGAUGAUGAGUGGACUGUGGGUGGCACUAAAGGCAAAAAGAAGGUCAAGCCAGGGAAGGGGUCCGAGAAGAAGAGCGCCACGAAGAAGAAAGUUAGUAAAACAACGGCGUCUGGCAGCUCAGAUGGAGACAGCUCAGCCGAGAGCUCCGCACCAGAGGAGGGUGAGGUGUCUGAUUCAGAGAGCAACAGUUCGUCCUCCAGCUCAGACUCGGACUCUUCUGAGGACGACGUUUUCAGGGACGGGUACGACGAUGACUUGAUGGGAGAUGCGGAGGAUCGAGCUCGACUGGAGCAGAUGACGGAGAAGGAGAGAGAACAAGAGCUGUUCAACCGUAUUGAGAAGCGAGAGGUGCUAAAGAGACGGUUUGAAAUCAAGAAGAAGCUGAAGACGGCAAAGAAGAAGGAGAAAGAGGAGAAGAAAAAGAAGCAGGAAGAAGAACAAGAAAAAAGGAAACUAUCUCAGGUUCAAGACACACAAGUGGUCAUGUCACACAACAAGGAGAGACGAUCCAAACGUGACGAAAAACUUGACAAAAAGUCCCAGGCCAUGGAAGAACUAAAAGCCGAACGUGAAAAGAAGAAAAACAAAACAGCGGAACUGCUGGCUAAACGUCAGCCCCUCAAGACGAGCGAGGUUUACUCUGACGACGAAGAGGAAGAGGAGGAAGACGACGACAAGUCAUCAGUCAAAAGCGACCGGAGUUCACGUUCAUCGUCUUAUGAUGAUGACGAAAAAGAGGAGACUCCUCCGAAGUCGCAGCCUGUUUCUCUACCAGACGAGCUCAACAGGGUCCGCCUCUCCAGACACAAGCUGGAGCGCUGGUGUCACAUGCCCUUCUUUGCUAAGACUGUGACCGGCUGCUUUGUGAGAAUAGGGAUCGGGAACAGCAGCAGUAAACCAGUUUAUAGGGUCGCUGAAAUUGUAGACGUGGUGGAGACUGCAAAGGUUUACCAGCUCGGAUCAACACGAACAAACAAAGGAUUACAAUUAAGGCACGGUGGUGACACGAGAGUUUUCAGGCUCGAGUUCGUAUCAAAUCAAGAGUUUACAGAAAGUGAGUUCAUGAAGUGGAAAGAAGCGAUGAUUGUUGCCGGGAUGCAAGUCCCAACUCUUGAUGAAAUCACCAAAAAGGAGCAGUCCAUCAAAGAAGCGCUGAACUACAAAUUCAAUGAUAAAGACAUAGAAGAUAUUGUUAAAGAGAAAGACAGAUUCAGAAAAGCACCACCAAAUUACGCCAUGAAGAAAACACAGCUACUCAAAGAUAAGGCCAUGGCAGAAGAGAGUGGAGAUGGAGAUAAAGUGAAAGUGAUCCAGGAUGAGCUGAACGAGCUCGAGGAGAGGGCAGAAGCACUUGACAGACAGAGGACUAAAAACAUCUCUGCCAUCAGCUACAUUAAUCAGAGGAACAGAAGCUGGAACAUUGUUGAAUCUGAGAAAGCUCUUGUGGCUGAAGGACAAAAUGCUAAAAAUCAACAAAUGGAUCCUUUCACACGAAGACAGUGCAAACCCACCAUGGUGUCUAAUGCCAGAGACCCGUCAGUCCACGCAGCUAUUCUCGCCCACUUGAACCAGAAGUACGGCUCUGGGUCACAACCAGAUUCUGCGGGUUCAGACAAAAGCAAACUGGGUCAAACAGACCUGAAAGACAAAGAUGUCCCUAAACCAACCACUGACCUCUCAGAGGAUUUGUUUAAAGUUCAUGAUUUUGACGUUAAGAUUGACCUACAGGUUCCCAACGCAGAGGCAAAGUCUCUGUCUGUGAGCUCCAACGCGCUGCCGGUGAAGGACGGCGCUCCCCGCAGGUCCCUCAACUUGGAGGAUUACAAGAAGAGGAGGGGGCUGAUCUGAUGUGGCCAGUCCCUCAUCUAGAAACCACAAUGCAUGAGUAAUUGGCUGUGAAAGAGGAAGUGAGAGAGUAUGUAUGUGUGUGUCUGUGUCUGAGAGCGAAUGACUGUGUGUGAGUGCGUGAGUGAGAGUGACUCCAGGAGGAUGCGAGUUUGAAUGUUAAUACAACAGACUUUUUAUCCGAAAACAGAGGAAAUACUGAUUGAGCUACAUUUUUUUUUUCUCAAAGGAUCUCUCUCGGAAGAAACUUUUCCAGAUAAUGUUGUUUUUAUUAUUUUUGCAUUAUCACACACAAACUUGUAUAUUGAGUUGUGUUUUUUUUAUGUAUUUAACUUCUCGCCCCUCUUUUGGAUCCUCUGGACUUUUUUUUUUUUUUUUCUCAAAGGACUCCGUACUUUUGGACUAUUACCUUGAAUAAGGACACUAUCUUAGAAAACAUUGUUGAAGAAUUUUAAAUCGCCGGACUGGACAGCGAGUGGAGUUGACCAGCUUGUCGGCACCAACAAUGAAUUAUUGUUGUAACCCCCCCACCCCCCCCACCCAGCCCCCCGAAGUGCGUGAUCAUCUACCCGACAACCAACUCUAGCCUCAUGGUCUUUUGCAGAGUGUAGAUGACCACCAUCUUUGACUCAUGACGCCAGCCCUCUAUGUCAUAUGUAAAAAAAUAAAUAAAUACAGAAACUUGGGAAUAAAAUGUUUAGUACAUGUCAACUGGACAUUUCUCACUUUUUAAGUCUUUGAAACGACCUGAUUUAAGAGGAAACAUUUUCUAUGGAUGGUUAUAAGUGUUGCUUCAUUUUCUGUUCUCGUUUGGUUGUUUAGGGGAUAUAACGCCCUCGCCCUUAACUCCCAGAGCAGAAUCUACGUGUUCUCAAUUGUCCAUAGUCAGUUCCAGUAUUGAUGUGGCAUGCCAUGUAAAUAUGCAUUUUGGAGUGAGUGCAGGAAAAAAUAAAGAGGCACUGUUUGAUAAAU